AUGGCGUUAAACACUAUCCUUCGUCGAGCCUCGUCGACAGUGGCCACUCUUGCAUUCCGCGCGGCUAGAUCUCCGUUGAGCGUCCGCAGUAGCGCCGUCUCCGCCGAGAGACUGAUUCUUGGUAGCCAGCAGCUCAGCCGUGGAUCGUUUAUCUCAUUCUCGAGAUUUUCAACGGAAAGUGCGGUCACUAAAACAACCGCCGACGAGAACCUUGUUAGCGUUCUCGAAUCUGAAAUCGAAUGCGCCGUGAACGAGGAGGCGCCUGAUGAAAACGUUUUGGAAGAUAAGCCAGAAGGGUUUCCUUUUGAAAUCAUUGAUGUUCCGGGGGAAAGAACUGUGUUGCUACAGAGAAAAUUUGAGGAUGAAACCAUCCAAGUAGAAGUUGACUCUGGUGCAACUUAUGAUAGUGAAGAAGAAAAAGAAGAAGAAGAAGCAGAAGCAAACGGUGAUGAAGAGGAAGAAAGCUCGGUUAGUAUCCGGAUUCCGAUGGUUGUGAGUGUGGCGAAAGGUGACGGUGUCUGUCUUGAGUUUGGAGUCAGCGCAUACCCCGAUGAGAUUGUGAUUGAUAGUUUAUCGAUCAAACAACCCGAAGGAUCUGACAAUGGCCUUGCUUACGAAGGACCUGACUUUGAUGAUUUGGAUGAGAAUUUGCAGAAGGCUUUCCAUAGGUUCUUGGAGAUCAGGGGGAUCAAGCCGAGCUUCACUGACUUUUUGGCAGAUUAUAUUGCCAACAAAGAUAGCAGGGAGUAUCUUCAAUGGCUCAAGGAUGUUAAGGCUUUUGUUGAGAAGUGA